CGGGAAUAUGCUGUACACAAGGGCAGGUACAGAGCGAGCGAGCGAGCGAGAGAGAGAGAGGGAGAGAGAGAGAGAGAGAGAGAGAGAGAGAGAGAGAGCAUCUCCUCGAGGGGACAUAGCUCAGCGCGGGACAGGUGUUCGACGCCAUGCCUGCCCAUUGGUGGUAAAGACUGGUUAUAGCAAAAGUAGGGGGUAAAGGUGCGAAACGAAGGAUGACGGACGGGGCAUCGAUUUGCGAUUAAAAGGGAGGGAGGGGGGGGGGUUCUCUGACCGCAAUUGCGUCCAGAGCUUAGCAGAAAAAAAAGAAGUCCUAGAGUGGGUAUGCCCUGAGAUUGAGAUAUUUAAGAGGAAAAGAAAAGAAAAGAAAAAAAGCUUGAGAGAUUUCUCCUCUACCGGAAGUCUUUGUGUUCCAAUUUCCUAAAAAGGAAAGGUCUUGUCUUCUGGCUGAUUUCGGGCUGCUGCCACUCAUGUUGGCACAAGGGUGGGUGAUUAGUCGUCAGGUUGAUUUAAUCGAAGUCGCACAGAGGAGGGGGGGAACGCCAAUUACCAUUUGAAAAACUCUAAAUCAUCAAUUAGAGCAAAGUCUAAUUACUACUUAGAGAAAAAAACGCUAAUUACUACUUAGAGAAAAAACGCUAAUUACUACUAAUUAGUGAACGUACGGACGUCUUUUGUGGCGAUAAUUACUAAUUUACUACUAAUUAGUGAACGUACGGACGUCUUUUGUGGCGAUGGCGUCCACUCCGUGGAGUGGCUCGUCCGGCUUGCUUUCGACUUCUUCGGCCGCCAUCGCCAUCCUUCCCUCGUCUGACACGUGGGAGCUUGGCAGGCUUUGUCAGCCAGCUGGCAGUGUUGCCGCGUUGGCGUCGACAGCCGCUUUUCCCGCCAAAAAUAGUAAAGCGAGAUUCUUUCAGGUUUUGAACCGAUCCUCUAGCACUUGCCACGUGGCCAGGUGCUCGGCGAUCGCUUACCCAACUGCCACGUGGCAGCAGGAAAGGGCGCCGCACUAUUAUUACCGAUGCAUGGCCAUUACAUCGACGAUGAUGAGGACGAAGAACACGAUGGGGAGAAGGAGGAGGGUUUCGUGGGAUCACGUGGAUCGAGCAACAACGGCCACGUGGCAUCAGAACAGAGCACGGCAACCUUAUGGCCGAUGUGUGCAAUGCCAGGCUGCUGCAGCCGGAGCGUCAGCAGAUUGGCCACGUCAGCAGAAUGCUGCAAUCCUCCUUGAUUGGCUGGAAAAGAAGGGGCUGGGAGGGGAACAGGCAGGCGAUGUGGCGCUGAAAAUCCCGGAACAUCUCGUCGUGACAGGUGUCGAUGUUGCAAGUCAUCCAACAAUCAGUCAAGCAGCUGCGGGCAGGGGGGACCUCAUUGGCCUUACCCUUUGGCUGCUUGCUGAGCGGGCACUGGGCGAAAAGUCGCAAUGGCAUCCUUAUGUGAACAUCAUGCCGAAGAGUACUCUGAGCCCGUUGCUUUGGAGUGCAGAGGAGAGAGAGUCGCUACUCAAGGGGUCUCCAGUCUUAGCUCCUUGCAAAGCUCUGACGGUGGCUGCUGGUGCUGCUGCUGCUGAUGGUGGUGAUGAUGACGAUGACGGCAUCGGCAAUGAUGAUGAUGACGACGACGGCGGCGAUAACCAUGACGAUGACGAUGACGAUGAUGAUGAUGAUGAUGAUGAUGAUGACGACGAUGAAAAGAUGUGGGAUGGGAAGACGAUGAAGAUGACGACGAUGAAGAUGAUGGCGACGGCGACGAUGAUGAUGGCAAUUGGGUUGAUUGCUCACAUUCAUUUGUACUACUUUUCUAGUAACUUUGUACAAAUGAUGAUGAUGAUGAUGAUGAUGAUGAUAAGCAUAUGCUGCUGGUCAAUGAAAAUUGGAAAUUUGCAGGUCUUUCCACCGGAGUUCUUCUCACUGGAAAACUUCAAGGCAUGCUUUUCCGUGAUUCUGUCACGAGUGACGUACUUACCUUCUGCAGAUUGUUUUGCAUUGAUUCCAUUUGAUCGUCUGUACCAACAAGGGGAGCAGGUGAAUGUAACAUAUGGGCAAGAUAGACCGAACUCCGAAUUGCUUAUAAGCUAUGGCUUUGUGGACCAGAAAAACUUGAACGACUACUUGGAGGUGGAGGUGAGCUUGGUAGGUGGCGACAGUAUGUUUUCGAUAAAAAGGCAGGUGCUGGAACAAUGGGGCCUCUCGACCGAGCAAUCUUUCCCUCUUUUUCCAGACCGGUUCCCUUCCCAGCUGCUGUCGUACUUACGACUUGCUCGGCUGACAGAUGCCGCCAAACUGCCGCAAGUGGUAUUUGAUAAGGAUCUCGUCAUUGACCAGGCAAAUGAGUAUGAGGUGCUGAUGCUGCUAAUGGCAGAAUGUCGAGGUCGGCUGAGCAAGUAUUCCUCGACUAUUGACGAUGAUACUCGACUUCUCCGCGACAAGAAUCUUGGCGCAAAGGAAAGGGUCGCAGCACAGUUGCGACUCUGCGAGCAGGGUAUAUUGACCAGCACGAUGACAGCACUGAGAGCAAGGCUGGCACCAAUCAGAGGCAUCCCAACCAAAUCUGGAGGAUUGCAGGAUCCGAAUGCAGACAUCAAACAGAUGUUCGAUCAAGUGGAGGAGGUGGCAUCAGCGCCACGGAGCUCCAUGGGGGAGCUGCAUUCCCGGUCCACACUGCAGCUGCAACACGAUCUGAGCCACAACGUGAAGAUACUUGCAGCAGCUGUCAAGGUCGCGGACAACCAGUUGAAACAGCUGGAUGCACGCAUUGCUACCUUGGAGGCAAGGCCUCCCCAAGCAGCGCCAGGCUGCACGCCAGAUAUGACAGACACAACGAAGCAGCUCAAUGGGCGCAUCGAUCAUGUCGUCAAUCUCAUCGGCGACAUAGGUGUUUUCAAUGGGCCGAACACGAUCAGUAGCACGGUGGCCGCCAUCAAGACGGACAUCACCAAGCUGCAGACAAAACCAGACGCCGCCACGAAGAGUUACAAGAUGCCGCACUUCGACAUCAGCAAGUUUGACGACCACAACAAGACGCACGCUUUGGCAUGGUGGGAACGUUUCCUCGCGGAAGCAUCCUACCGCACCGUCCCGGACGACUAUCUGAUGAAGGCGUUAUACUUACAGCUGAUUGGAGGAGCGCAGGCAUGGAUGAACCAUCUGGCGGCUACCCACACAUGCACCAUCGCCGAACUUCACACGCACAUCACGUGGAAGGAGUUCGAGCAGCUAUGGUUCACCCGGUUCAUGGUUCGCAAUGUCGUGAAGGCGGCCAUGAAAGAGGUGUACACCUGCUCUCAAGGAAGUAUGCCAACUCGAGACUGGACAACCAAGUGGCAGAAGAUAGUGACCACGCCAGGCUUCGAUUUGACUUUUUCUAAUCAACGAUCCGAGUUCUUCUCGCGAUCGUGCUUGGAAUUGCGGUCGGCACUCGGUAACGAGUACGACUAUACCUCGUUCCAGGCUAUCCUGGAUCGCGCAAACCUGGUCAUCCAAACGGACGACAAGACCGCUAACGAGAAACAAUCCCAGCCGCAUUAUGUGGCUAAGCAGGGCUAUCAACGUCCGACACAUAACCAUGCCGUAAUUUCUGAAGCAACAGACGAUCUCCACGCUGCAGCCGCAUCCUCGAGUGAUGGAGGAAUUGUAGCAGCGCUCCCGCCGAAGCGUCCUAAGAGGGUCCGGAAACCCAAGGCGACACAAGAGACGGCAUCGACGGGAACUGGGCAGCAGCCAUGGACGGCCUACAACAUCACAAAGGAAGUCUAUGAACUUCGUCAGAAGUACAGAUAUUGCCUUUGGUGCAAUGGAGUCACACACUUGACUGCACAAUGCCCCGAAAAGGGCAAGGCACGCGUACUCCGUUACCACCAGAUUGAAAUCCAGCCUCAAGACCGGUACAAGACCGCGUUCAAGACGCGGUACGGGCAUUUUGAGUGGGUUGUCAUGCCUUUUGGCCUCACCAAUGCCCCCGCGACUUUCCAAGCAGCGAUGACGACUGAGUUUCACGACUUGCUCGAUCGCAGCGUCCUCAUCUACCUUGAUGACAUCUUGGUUUACAGUAGGACGUUGGACGAGCACAUCGUACACSUUCGCGUUGUUCUGGAUCGUUUGCGACUAGCCAAGUACAAAGCGAAUCUCGACAAGUGCGAAUUCGCCAAGCAAGAGCUUGAGUACUUGGGUCAUUUUGUCACGCCGAAAGGCAUUCGUCCCUUAGCGGACAAGAUCCAAGCCGUCGUGGAUUGGCCGGAACCCCGUUGCACGACGGAUGUACGCUCUUUCAUGGGUUUGGCUGGAUAUUAUCAGGGAUUCGUCGAGUCAUACUCAAAAGUGGCCACUCCUUUGUCGAGACUUCAGUCCCCUAAGGUGCCCUUCGAGUUCGACGACGCAGCCCGUGGCGCGUUCACUACGUUGAAGGCAGCGAUGCAAGUCGCACCUGCCCUCCGUAUAUACGACCCCACCCUACCCACCCAAGUGACUACGGACGCUUCGGGAUACGGUAUUGGCGCGGUGUUGGAACAGUGUCACGAGGACGGUUGGCAUCCGGUCGAGUACUUCUCCCAAAAGGUGCCUCUCGUAAACACUCUCGAUGACGCUAGGAAGAAAGAGCUACUCGCGUUUGUCACCGUUCUCAAACGGUGGCUCCACUUUCUUCUCGGCUGUCGGCGUUUAAAUAGAAUACGGACAACAAUCCGUUGACCUUUUACAAAACGCAGGAUACGGUCACUAGCACGAUCGGUCGAUGGAUGUAUUACAUCGA